UUUACGGUCCAAUUGAAUCGGCUCCGACCAAACCGCUAUUGCCGAUCGAAUCCGAUACAUUGAACAAGGGCGAAAUAAACCAAGCUCGAGCCACUGUUCUUGAAAGCUGAAUUUGUUCCUCUCCUCUGCCUCCAUAGCGAAACUUUGAUCAGGUAUUCGCGACUGCACCUCUCCGAUAAUUUGAUUCUUGAGCUCAAGAAAUCGCAUUAUUUUAGAAAUGGUUUAUCACUCUAGCUUUGUGGAUGAGGAAGGUGUUAGAAGAGCUUGUGGGUGUCCUUUACUGCCUUUGAAAAGCCAUAUAAAGGGUCCUGCUCCUGUUUCAGAUCAAGAUAGAACUGAUAUAGUUGAUGAAGCAAUUACAUUCUUUCGUGCCAAUGUUUUCUUUAGAAAUUUUGAUAUUAAAAGCCCAGCUGAUAAGCUCCUCAUUUAUUUGACAUUCUACAUCAAUGUGGCUUUGAAGAAGCUUGAAGGAUGCAGAACUUUGGCCGAAGGAACCAAAGCGAUCAUUAAUUUGGGUCUUGAGAAGGUUCCUGUUCCUGGAGAACCUGAAUUUCCUUUCCCUGGCCUUUUUGUGCAUCCUGAAUCUCAGAAGGAAGCAGAACUGUUCAGAGAUUACCUGAAGCAGAUAAGGGAAGAAACAAGUGGAAGAUUGUUGAGCGUUGCAUAUAGACCUAAUGGAACUCCAAACAAAUGGUGGUUGGCAUUUGCUAAGAGGAAAUUUAUGAAUGUCAUUGCUCUCUGAGUAAUUUUUUUACGUGUUCUAUUAGAAGUUGCAUGUAAUAGGAGACUGAAUUUUACAAUUAUUUGUGUGAAUACUCUCUGUUACCAAACCAUGGAAGACAGUCCUGUCAAAAUAAUAAAAAAAAAAUAUAUUGUUCGUGUGUAACUGUUGUUUGAUAACUGCCAAAAUAUGGGCAUGAUAGCUGGUAAGCAAAUUACCUGUUAUUUGAUUUUAUUUUU